AUGACGAGCGGCGUAGAAGACGGCAAAAACAGAUCAGUGGGGACGGAACAUAACCACCAGCAGCCUCCGUUUCAAGGCGUCUCCAACUAUCCACCUCCGCCGCAGCAGCAGCAGCCACCGGCCACCGCUUAUCCACAGCCGGCUCAACCACACGUCCCUGUCGCAGGUUAUGCUGUUGUUGACGUAAAGUAUUCAACAGAACACCAUCGUCUUCCUUGUUGUGGUAUAGGCAUUGGCUGGUUAUUAUUCAUCCUUGGUUUCUUCUUCGGUGCUAUCCCUUGGUACAUUGGCUUUUUCCUAUUCCUUUUCUCUAGAAACCAGCGUGAGAGACCAGGAUAUAUAGCUUGCACAAUUGGAGCUGUUAUUGCUACGAUUUUCAUCGUGAUUGGAGCAUUAAGAGGAUCAAGGGUCUGGUCGUAA